AGUCGCGUCGCGGCAGUGUUAUCAGCACCGCGGACCCGGAGGUGCGGAGCCCGCCGAGCCCUCAGUGUGUCAAUCGGUCCCAGAGGAUCCGCCUCGUGUUCGCGUCCCGGCCGCGUCCUGUGUGCAACAGCAUGUGAAUGCGCCCAAGGACGGCGGUAGUACUCGACAUGGCUCGUGCCGACGCUGCUGCGGCCUUGACCGCCUCUCCGGUGUGGCUGUGGCUGGUGCUGGUGCUCGUGGCCGUCCACCAGGUGGUGCUCGCCGAACCGCCGCCCCCCGAGUCCUGGCGCCUGGCGGGCCGCCCCCAGGAGCAGCACGACCCCCAUCUCGGACACCCGCAGCGCGCCUACGGCGGCCAGCGGCCCCCCGUCGCGGCCUUCCCUCCGGGGUCCGCCCGGGGCGCGCCGUCCUGGCCGGGCCGGGCGGGGCCCGGGCCGGGGCUCCGGGCGCCAGACUACCCCGACUACAGGGAGGAGCUGGACGGCGGCGGCGUGGGCGCUCCCUGCGACUACGACGAGGACUGCCCCGAGUACGCCUACUGCCGGGGCCAGCAGACCUGCGAGUGCAAGCUCCCCUACCGGGCCAGUGCGGACGGCAGCAGCUGCCUGGCCACCAUCGGCACCCCGUGCCGAAGCAAGUACGACUGCUCGGGGCUGGGGCCCGGGGCGGGCUGCGACCAGGACGUGUGCAACUGCGGCAGCGGCUACGUGCCAUCGGCAGACGGAUCCUGCGUUAGCGGGGCCCAGAGGCUCAACGACACCUGCGAGCUCAACCUGCAGUGCGAGACGCUGGGCUCGGGCGUGGCCUGCACGUCCGGGAGGUGCGCGUGCGUCCCGGGGAGGCACGCCGUCAACGACAGGUGCAUCGCUAACAUUGCUUUGCACGCAGCGUGUACGCAAUCGAACGAAUGUUUUAUCGGGGAAGGAUAUCAGAGUGUGAUUGAGUGCUACUCGGGUACCUGUAGGUGCAAGGACCAAUACACGGACCUUGGCGAUGGAAAAUGCUCCGCAUCAGGUGCUACAAGACUGAGUACAGUGAUUCCAUCAUUAGUUAUAGUUCUUCUCAGUUUAUAUAGUAUUUGAUUUAACAGAUGCUAGUAUUUAAUUGAUUUCAUACUUCAUUGUCGUAAUGUAAAACCUGUCGUAAUAAAUAUUAAAGUUGCUAUAGUA